AAUAAAGAGGAGUUCUCUUGCCGUGGCCGUGACAAGUUAGGAGCGCUCAUAUUAUUAUGAUGUUGCAUAGGUACGGCCAUCUGGCUCGCUUCCACGCCUGUUGGGCAGGGUUGAAAGCGGCUGGUUGCCGCUCGAGACAAUCGGUUUGUUUCCACAGGUUAUUGUUAACGUGUCAUCGGGAUGGAACAAGUGCAACAUCCACCAAAUCCUUUAGUACUAACCAACGGCACAGAUACAAGGAAAGCAACAACAUCAUCUUGAAUGGUAGCCCUGGAGCAGGUAAGACCACUGUGGGGAAGAUUGUUGCUAGAAAGCUUGGUGUGGAUGUCUUAGAUGUUGACAAUGACAUACUAGAAUCUGUCUGGGGUAUGCCAGUCAGUGAUAAGCUCUCUGAAGUUGGAGGAGAUAAUUUUGUUGAAGCAGAGGGGCAAGCGCUUCUCACCUUUACCCCUCCAUCAGAUACAGUGGUGACACUCACCGGCUCCAAUGCCAUGCAUGAUGAAGCCAUGGCUCACAUCUCUAAUCAUGGCCCAGUCUUAUUCCUGGACGUCAAGAACGAGGACAUCCUCCAGAGGCUGGAGGCAAUGAAGGUGAAUCGGAUCGUAGGGCAAGAGGCAGGUGUGUCGAUGACAGAGAUCCUAGCAUACAGGCAGCACUUCUACGAGAGAUCCUACAACGCACGCGUUAUCUGCGAGGCUAACGAAACCCAAGAGAGCAUCGCUGGAAAGAUUGUUGAAGUUGUGGCUCGAUUAAAGAACCACAGUCCAUAUGUUUCAACGAGGAGUAGUGGCAAGAGCUCGGGGAAGGACUUUCUAAGUGCAGUCCUACAGGGUUUGGCGGAGGAUGGUGGCCUCUUCGUUCCUUCGGGACCACUCCCACAGAUGACCUUGCAGCAGUGGGAGCGUCUCGUCCCCUGCACCUACCAACAAAGAGCUCAGCGCAUCCUCGAGCAAUGGAUUCACCCUGCUGACCUUCAUCCCCGAGUACUAAAUGGAAUGAUCCAGAAGGCGUACACUACUGAUAGCUUUCAGUCCGAGGAUGUGGUACCGGUCACUCAUCUAGAGGGAAAUCAACAUCUGCUGGAAAUCUUCCAUGGACCAACUGCAUCCUUUAAGGACGCUCCUCUGCAACUCAUGCCUCAUUUCUUCAGAGAAGCAGUGAGCCAGAAAGGAGAUGCAAAGUAUCUUAUAUUAGUAGCUACAUCAGGCGAUACAGGCAGUGCUGUUUUAGAUGGAUUUGGAGCAACAAGUGUGACCAGUGGUGAUGAUGAUGUGUCUGUGAUGGUGUUUUAUCCGGAGGAGGGUGUUAGUCCAGUCCAGAAAGCUCUGAUGACUGCUGUGGAUAGUCCCAAUGUCAGAGUCAUAGGUGUUGAAAGUGAUUUUGACUUCUGCCAGUCGUCCAUCAAGCAGAUCUUUUCGUCCGAUACCUGCACGCUCCGACACUCGCUCCUGAACGAUCACAACGUCAAGCUCAGCGCAGCAAACUCCAUCAACUGGGGACGCCUCUUACCUCAGAUUGUGUACCAUGCGUCCUCGUACUUAGACCUGGCCCGGCAGGGCGUGAUCAGUGUGGGUGACCCUGUGGACUUGUUUGUACCAACUGGAAACUUUGGCAACAUCUUGGGAGCCGUCUAUGCUAAGUUGAUGGGAAUUCCACUGCGAAGACUAAUUUGUGCUUCCAACGUCAACAAUGUCUUAACAGACUUCCUCCAGACUGGGGUGUAUGAUCUACGUAAGAGACCUCUGAGGGUCACCAUGUCUCCUGCUAUCGAUAUCCUCCAAUCUUCAAACCUAGAAAGAUUGCUGUUUCUUGCCACAGACUGCAAUGGUCCUCAAGUAGCCAGUUUCUAUGAACAACUCAAGCAAGAACAGUACUUCAAAGUACCAGAUAAUGUUCUGUCUAAGAUUCGAGAAGACUAUGGUUUCCAUGGAGAUUGGUGUGAUGAAGAAACUUGCUCUAAGGCUAUCAAAGAAACCUUCGAGAGAACAGGGUACCUUCUAGACCCCCACACAGCUAUCAGCAAGGUGGUAGCAGAUCGCCACCCCUCAGACGAUGGAGCCCCAAUGCUGAUCUGCUCCACUGCUCACCAUGGCAAGUUUGCAUCCGACGUUCUCGACUCUCUGGGCCACAGAGCAAGUCACUCCGAUAAACCGGACACACUCUUGAAUCGACUGGGGGUCCUGAACCCUCGACCUGGGCGGCACGUGAACCUUGAGAGGUCGAUACGGAAUCCCAGGGUUCAUGAGAAAGUUGUGGAUGCUUCGAUGGAGUCCAUGAUGAAGGAAGUACAGGACUUUGUGCAAGAAAGGACACGGAACUGAGUGUAUGAGGAGAUGAAUGCAUCGGGCUUGCUUGAUGUACUUUUGUUGUGGUAAAAAAAAUAGUUGAAGGUUUAACCAAAGAUUAUUUAAGAAAAGACCUUUCCAGUCUUGUAGUCAUUAAAAAAUUGUUUGUUCUAUGUCAUGAAAGUAAUUUCCAUGGGGUAUUUUGUUAUCAUUCUCAUGUUUAUUUUGUUGCCAUUAUAAUUGUUUGUUAUAAUUUGUACUACAGCAAUAUCAUUCAUUUUUUUCUUCAAACAUGAAUAUAUAGAUAUAUGUAGGUUUUUGGAGGAAUCAAAUAGAUUUCAGAAUCUGCUUUAAAAUUUUGUAUGAAGUUGAUUGACAUGCUUUAUACGUCGAUUUAAUAAAAUAACUUAAGAAGUAUUUCCCUGUAUCUGUGAAUCGCAUAGUCUAAAAUGUGUAUCAUUCUCUCAUAUAAUUAUUCAUAUUUUUUAAUAAGUUCAGCAGGAUUCUGCAUCUUACUUGUUUAACUGUGAGUGGAAAGACUUAAAAUCCCAUUUCUAGCCCUUUCCUUUAGCACACUGAAACCUUGACUUGACAUAAAAACUCUGUGUCAAUUGUGAGUGUGUGAGUUUUGCUUGUGCUGUGUGUAUAUCAGACAUGGUGCACAAGUGCACAAGUCAUAAGCAGCAUUGUUAUACUGAUUACACACCUGCAAUUUCUAUAAGCAAACACAUGACAUACCAUAAUUUUACGUUUCUUGUUCUGCUUUCAUUGCUGUGAGAUAUGUAUUUAGGACUCACCUUGACAAGUUAUUUAUUCAACCUAUUUGUAUCCCUUACUAUAUGUACAAGAAGAAAUGUACAGUACUUGAAGCAAACAUGCUGCAUACAAAUAUAUUUUCUUAAUGAUUAUUAUUAUGAGAAUAUAAAAAGGAAGCUGCUUGGAUUGAUCACUAGAUUAGUAAAGUUACUUGAGGAUUUAUGAAUCUAUUUAUAAUAUUACAUUUUCUUUACUUAUUUCUUGGAGGGGAUGACAAGUAUUUGAUCUAGCAUUUUUGUUAUGAAAACUAUUUGAAAGAUGUCGGUUAUCAUAUUAUUGACACUACGCAGAUUGAGUGAAAUGAAAAGUAUGUGGCAUGGUUUAAAAGAAAGGAAACAGAAAUUUGUCAAUCUUGUUCCAUGUAUAUCUUCCUAUUCAUGUGUAAUUAUACCUACUUUAUGUAUUUUUAUAGAGUUUUGGUUGUGAAUAGUACAGCUCCACUAUCUUCUUCAUUUAGAUGCCUUGAGGGAUCACUGUACGUUAAGUAUUUUAUCAUCAUUCAUUAUUCAUCUUAAAGGUAUUGUUCUGAGAUGAUGUUUACAGGGUUUCUUAUGGGCUGAAUUGCAAUACAAUCUACAUAAAUGCCCACUUGCUACACUUCAGGUCAAAUCUGCUUUAAGUGCCUUAGAAUUGUGCUAAACAAAAGCUACAUGUAUUCAAAAUCAUUAUAGAUUGAAUUUUGCUACGCAUUUAACCUGAUAUGUGAAAUAGUACUCAUGUUUAAGAAAAGAAUCAUCUUCCCUAAAGAAGAAAAUAUGUGAUUUUUUAAAAUUUCAGCAGCAUUAUUUAGUGGGCAAAUCAUGUACCUGAACUAAAAUGGAAAUAAAUGAUAGAGAUAUACUAGGAGAAGAUCUUUAA